CUUUUUCUGUGGCAUCUUCUCUGUUCAACGUGAAGUUGUGUGUUUCGAGUAUAACAGGUUCUGAGAUUCCAGCGCUCGCUCCGUUAUUUGUGCGGCUUCGUGUGGACUGACUUCUCGGACUGGAUGGACGAGAAAUUCAGGAUGGUUUAGUUAGAGUUGCUACUAUAUUACCGGCGACCUCUUCAGGUUCAUGCUGGGGGUUUUUUCCGCGGGAUGAGAGGAGCACCUAUUGAGAGGAGCACCUAUUGAGAGCACCCGCAGGCAGUGAGACUGGGCUCACGGUGCAGGCGGUUCUCCCUCAGCCUGGUGGUGACAAACACAAACACAAAGUCUCUAGAAACUCUAGAGAGGAGCUUUUUUCUCCUGAGAGCUGAGAGAGCCAACCAAGAAGAAGAUGUUUGCUGCGUUUUUCCCCGUGAAGAAGCUGAGGCGUCACAGCAAACAUCUGGUGUUCGGGUUGAUUGUGCUGCUCGGACUGGCGGCCGUCUACCAUGAGAUGGUUACUGCAACAGCAUGGAGCAGUGAUGCAAGUAUGAAUACUGACGUUAACGGCAGCAGCUGGUGGAGAGACAUGUUUGACCAAGGGGUCAGAAAGGACCAUCAAGCAGACUCUGUGGAGGAUUCAGGCUCUGUGGGGAAUUCAGACGCUUGGAGGUCCAGCUACACUCCACAAACCUGGAAACCAGAGUACAAGGGCCAGGCCAAUCUGCACGGCUUUGAGGACUGGUGUGGCGGUUCUACAGCUGACCUCUACAGGAACCCGCACUACCCGCUGUAUCCUCAUUCCAGGACUACAGUGCAGAAGCUAGCCGUCUAUCCUCAUUGGACCAACUACGGGCUCAGGAUAUUUGGUUAUCUACAUCCAUAUACUGACGGAGAGUUUGUGUUUGCUAUGAGCUCUGGCGACAACUCUGAGUUGUGGCUCAGCACAGAUGACUCUCCCCUCAACGUGCAGUUACUGGCAUGGGUUGGGAAGACUGGCGCAGAAUGGUCAGCGCCGCACGAGUUUGAGAAGUAUGCCAGUCAGGUCUCCAAACCAGUUUGGCUGUCUGCUCAGAGGAAGUACUUCUUUGAAGUUAUCCACAAGCAAGACGACAGAGGGACGGACCAUGUGGAGGUUGCAUGGCAGCUCCUUGACGAAGGCCUUAUGUUCAAGGUUAUUGAUAACACUCACAUCUCCCUCUAUGUUAAUGAGUCUGCGUUGUUAAUGGGUGACACAGCACACAUACCACAGACGGCUGCAAGCCACCAGCAAACCCUCACAAAACAGCAGAACGCCGACGCAGACAUGCUGAGGGAGGACCCGCGAGACGCUCUUUACCACGUGCCUUUGAUAAACAGCAAGUUCCUACAAGGUGUCCUGCCCGACUGCUCAUACAAACCAAUCUACACAAUAAAAGACUUUCCUGUCGGGCGCUAUCAAGGACUGCAGUUUGUCCACUUGUCCUUCAUCUACCCCAACGACUACACCCGACUCACACACAUGGAGACUGAGAACAGCUGCUUCUACCCCGAAAGCGUGAAGAGGUUGGGUUUCUCCAAAUACAUGAAACUAGAGAGUCCUGAUAUGAAAAACACAAAAAAUGAUGAGAAGUUUGCCGAUGAACCCUAUAAAAGAGAAAAGAAGGCCAAGCCUGCCCAGGUGGAUAACAAACUUUUUCAAGACUAUGGGGAUGAUUAUGAUGAUUAUGCAAAGAGAAACAGGCGCAAACUCUUCUCCUUAGUCAUGCAAGAAACUAACAACAUGCUGAAGAACACCUCUGACACAACAAUGCACGUAGAUGAGUCGCAGGGGAAAUUCCCAAAGCCUCCGCCAGAGCCACAGAAACCAGCUGAGCGUCUGCAGUCAUCACAAACCUCAAUACAUCACCCGGCCCUGCAACAGAACCGGAAAGAGUCGAAGCUAGAGGGUCGGGUUAAAAAAGCAGAGCAGAUAAAACCAAAGAGAAAGUUGAGACCAGCAAAGAAACAAAAGCUCAAAUCAGUAGAGACCGCUGUGAGACCAAAUCCACUGAAACCAGUGGACAGCGAGCAGCUUAAAGCAAAGGAAGGACCAGCAAUCCCGUCACAGCAGCUCAAUUCUAAACAGCAUCGUAGGCAGAGGUACCGUAAAAUGAACCAAACCCAAAUCCAGAGACUCAAAGACUCAAAGCUUCAACCCUUGGAGAGGGAUGCUGCUCUGCCUGACAAGGCCGAGGAGCAGAGGUUUGUAAUCAGAGAAAUGGAGCGCCAGCUACCCACCACAAAGCGUUUUAUCCCUGCCCAGAGAGACCUGGACCAACUUGGGGAUAGGCUAAAUCAGUGGGACAUAGAUGCCAGACACCGCAGGAAUAAGGUGAUAAAGAUGAAAAUGCCUCUACAGGGUCUGGAAACUAACGACAAAUUGGACAAGUCGGAUACGAAAGUGGAGGACCAAGAGGGAAAGGAAGACGAGGUUUACAACCAGGCUGAGAGCUGGAGAGACACCAAGAUAAACUCUCUGUGGGGAAAAGAGGGAGACUAUGAUCAAGACUUUGAUGGUGGGCCUUAUGAUGACGAACCUGCGCUGGUGUUUGACACUGAGGUCAAAUGGAGCCAGACAUUCCAGGUUAGCCACCUGGACCUUCAGGCACAGCGGACAGAUCGGAUCAACCUGGGCUGCGGCGUCUUAGGCAACCUGCUCCUCCACUCCAGGGACGCUCUGCCCAUAGUCAAGGCUUUCAUGGACCAACUCUACGAAAAGCACCCAGGGCAGUUUACAUUGGUGCGUGUGAUUAACGUGGUGAAGCGCUCCGACGGGAUCCAUGGCAGCCGCUACUUUCUGGAGCUGGAGCUGAAGGAUGUAAACAGCCAGCUGGUGCGCCUGUCGCACUACAUCUACACUCUGACUCGCCAGAGCAAACAAAGCAUUGAGGACUUCAAUAACCAAAACCUGAAACCUCAGCUGGUGCUGUGUAACCCGGUGGGCUUCCGCUGGAAUCCUGCCGCCACCGUCCACUUCAUAGUACCGGUGAAGAACCAGGCUCGCUGGGUGCAGCAGAUGAUUGCAAACAUGGAACAUCUGUUCAGAGAAACCAAAGACACCAACUUCAAUCUCAUCAUGAUUGACUACAACAGCAGUGACAUGGAUGUGAGGAAGGCUCUACAGAAAUCUUCACUACCCAGGUACGAGUAUGUGAAGCUGAGCGGAAACUUUGAGCGUUCUGCUGGUCUGCAGGCCGGUGUCGACCUUCUAACUGAUAGCCACAGCAUUGUGUUUCUUUGUGACCUCCACCUCCACUUCCCUCCUGCCAUCAUCGACACCAUCAGGAAGAACUGUGUGGAGGGAUACAUGGCGUUUGCUCCAAUAGUCAUGAGGCUGGAGUGCGGGGCUACGCCAUUAGACGCCAGAGGUAAUUGGGAGGUCAAUGGCUUUGGCCUGCUGGGGAUCUAUAAGUCUGAUCUGGUCGCAGUGGGAGGAAUGAACACCAGAGAAUAUAAAGACCGCUGGGGAGGAGAAGACUGGGAGCUCCUCGACAGGAUUCUCAAGGGAGGACUGGAAGUGGAGCGGAUCUACAUGAGGAACUUCUUCCACUACUUUCACUCCAAACGUGGCAUGUGGAACCGGCGAAUGAAGCCCAGCCACAGAUGACCUUGUCACCUGCCCGCUGCACCAUGACCACGGUGGCCACGGUUACAACCACGGCAACCAGAGCACUUUAAGGCCGGAGCCUGAUUCCUGCUGCAUAACUGUAAUACCUGCUGACCGACGGAGAGGGUGACAUAGGGUUUGUAUUCAUUCACUUCAGCUCUGUGAAAAAAGCAACUUACAAGUGUCAGCAGUGACAACGGUUGCUAAGGAGAUACUACUGAUAUGCUCAGAGUUUAUGUCACUGGAUUUACUGUUGACUACUAUGAGGGUACUGGUCGAUGAAUGCCAUUGACUGUGUGUUAUUACAAAUGAAGAUACAUCUGUGCAGCAUGUCGCUGACUCAUGAUGAUAUGCACUACCGGCUGCAAGGUACUGACCUGAUUAUCCAAAGACAAAACGUAAAAUAAAUGACACUCUGGGGACGUAAUGUAUACACACAAGUGUCCUAUAUCAUAAGGAUAUAGAUAAAGAUGUAUCAUCAAAGAUCUUGCACAUGAGUCUUGACUGGAGAAAAAAAAAAAAUUGUGUAUGUGGUAAACACAGCCUUAUUUGUCAUGUUGUAAAUUAUGAGAAACUUUAUAUUUAUUAUAUCAAUAUUUGUAGGAUUUCUUUUUUCAUUUGGGUUAAAUGUUAUUUCUAGAAACAGAUGAGGAAGUUACACCUCAGUUUACCCGUUGAGUGCCCGCCUCUAUUUGUUCUAUUAAAUAUUAAAUGUGCCUUCUGUUGGGACUGUUAUUCAGGUACUGGGGCCACAUAGUGUUGUUUUUAGAGAGUCGGGAAAAACCUUAAACUGGAUAAGUUAUUGAAUAACUAAGUUUUCAUUAUUGUAUCAUUUGGUUUUGUCUGAGAAGGAAAGUCAACUAUAUUUAGACAGGUAUGUUUGUGGUUUGUGUUGCCCAAUGCGUCAGACAGUUUUUGCACAUGAAUCAAAAAUGAAUUAUCAGAAAACUGAAGCAAUGCAUUAUUGUGAGAAUGUGUCUAUUCUCAGUACACUGCCACUUACCAAAGAUAAUAGUUGUACAUGCAGAAUAGUUACAACAACAAAAAAAAGCAGGGUUUGUUUUUGACAUGUCGGGCUAUUGAAAAUGUCUGUACUGUAAAUAUAGCAUUAAGGGUUAUUUUAGUCAAGAACUCGUUUUACUGUAAUUUAUGUUUUAGCUCAUCUUAUUCUUAUUGAUCUACCUGCUGAAUCUAAUAGUUUUUCAGAAGAAUACUAGUUUUGAUUCAUCUCAAAAACAAGUAAGUAGCAUUCUUUUAUUGCUCAGUCGAUGAAGCUCUCCAUUCUAACUGUGGGAAAUAUUGUUUUCACUGUCAACACAGUAAAUACUGAGAGGAAAUGUGGUGGGUGGAAAAAUGAUCUUGUGUAUUUAUCAUAUUGUUUUAAUGUUAUUUAUGAUAAGACUAAUGGCAGCAUGUUUCUGAUUGUUCACAUUCCAGUUUAACAGACUUUAUGUGCCUUUCUGAAUCGGUUUCACUUGUUAUCUAGGGCAUAAAACCACAGCACAAUUAUGGUCAGAACCUGCUGGCGGUUUUGGUUUGUAACACUGCCAGGGAAUUGUUUGAUGUGUUCUUCCUUUUUCGUGUACCAAAGGCUUUUGUGGUUUCUGGUUUGGCCAGAAUGUUUGUCUUACACUACUCCUUUAUGUCUUACAUUGUUGUUUUAAGAUAUACCUCAUCCCUCUCUUUGUGCUGGGACUUAACCUCUGCCUUAUUGUACCAGUCUCUUCUCUCAGGGACAGUUUUUGUUUUGCAUUUUACACUGCCUUGACAAUUCUGAGGAAUAAAUGUCUCUUGCCUUCA